AUGCUGUCCUCGGUGCUAUUCCCAGCUAUGCGGACAUUACUGCUUCUCAAAUAUGUGUUUUCCCUUAUUUCUCUUAGUGCGAUCUGUUGCCAGACCGUCUCUGCCAUCCCGGUUGUUUCUAGGGAAGGCCUUCCGAUGACACUGAGUGACAAGUGUGCUGAGGCUUUAAUUUCUGAUGUUGCCUGUGACCCAAAUGUCCUGGACUUCAAGCCGGGAUACUACUAUUCUCCAGAAAUUCUACAGCGAGCAUGCACAGACACUUGCAAAUCUGCCCUUGACUCUUAUUUGGAUCGUGUCAAAUCGUCCUGUGGUACCGAGACUAUUGUCGGUCCAUUCGACCUGGAGGUGUCGGCUCUUAUAGUACCAGGCAUGCGCAAGGACCUCUUUCAGAAAACGUGCCUUCAGGAUAACGGGAGAUACUGCAAUAAUGUUGCAGCUACGGCAGCGGUAAUUGCUGAUCCUGGAGUUUCUCGAUUCAAUUAUCUCAGCUCGGUUCCUCCAGGAACUGUUCCACCAGAUCCUUGUGACAUGUGCUUCAUCAAAAGCCUUCAGCUAAAAGCUGGUUCCCCAUAUUUUGAUGGUCCUGACCUAGCCAGCAUGUCUGUUUAUAUGUCGAUGACCAGUCAAUGCGGAAUAUCUGGGCAACCAUUGACUACUACUCCUAUUGGGUAUUAUACGUAA